UAUUCUGAGAAGACUUACGUGUUAAACUUUGAGGUCACGUUUCUCCUACAUAAAUCAUUACAGUUCCUCGCUUUCUUGUCUAAAUUUCUCACUUUUCUCUCCAAAAUUGUCUCAAGAAAUCUCUUUACUCAAGUUUCCCGCAGAUUCUCAGCAUUAAAUCACAGAACCCGAAAGGCCAGCAGAGCCCAUUUUGCCCUUGCUGGCUUUCGCCUACCGAAUCUUGAUCUUGAUUUGAUUAGAUUAGGUUCUCUUCAUUUAAUCUAAUCAAAAGCAUUAACUCCAUUUCCUUAUUUAUCACUGAGCCUCUUCUUUCCUUAGUCCUCCAAAUUGAAUGCUUAAUCACUGUUUCAUUACCUACUACCAGCCCUUCCUUUUAAUCUGCUAGCUUUUUUUUUUCGCUUGCUGGCAUUUGAUUGGUUGAAAGAGAGGGAAAUGACGAUCCAGUCCUCACCGGGAAGUUCCGGUUUUUUGCCGGGAAGUUCAGGGUAUUUAGACAUGUUUCCGGAGAGAAGAAUGUCGUAUUUUAGUAAUUCUUAUGUAAUUGGAUUGACGGUUGCUGCUGGCAUUGGCGGUCUCCUUUUCGGCUACGAUACUGGUGUAAUUUCAGGGGCUCUUUUGUAUAUAAAAGAUGAAUUUGAGGUGGUUAAUCAGAGUAGCUUUUUACAGGAAACUAUUGUCAGUAUGGCAUUGAUUGGUGCAAUAAUAGGAGCUGCAGGAGGCGGUUGGAUCAAUGAUGCGUAUGGACGCAAGAAAGCUACCCUUCUUGCUGACGUUGUCUUUGCUGCUGGAUCCGUUGUUAUGGCGGCUGCCCCGAAUCCCUAUGUUCUUAUAUUGGGACGGCUUUUUGUUGGCCUGGGUGUCGGUAUAGCAUCUGUUACUGCUCCUGUGUAUAUUGCGGAAGCAUCUCCUUCAGAAGUAAGAGGAGGAUUAGUAAGCACAAAUGUUCUUAUGAUUACCGGUGGACAGUUUCUUUCCUAUCUUGUAAAUCUUGCCUUUACUGAGGUCCCUGGAACUUGGAGGUGGAUGGUUGGAGUUGCUGGUGUGCCCGCUGUGAUUCAGUUCUGCAUCAUGUUAUGCUUGCCAGAGUCUCCUCGGUGGCUUUUCAUGAAGGACAACAAAGCUAAAGCCAUUGCAAUACUUUCUAAAAUAUAUGACGUUGCUCGGUUACAGGAUGAAAUUGAUCACCUUUCUAUUACUGAAGAGGAAGAGUGCCAGAAAAGGAAUGAUGUCAAAAUCUCAGAUGUGUUCAAGUCAAAAGAAAUCAGACUUGCAUUUCUUGUUGGGGCUGGACUUCAGGCUUUUCAGCAGUUCACUGGUAUCAACACAGUCAUGUACUAUAGCCCAACCAUUGUGCAGAUGGCUGGUUUUAGUUCCAACCAAUUAGCACUUCUCCUGUCCCUUGUUAUCGCUGCCAUGAAUGCUGCGGGAACGGUUCUUGGCAUUUACCUUAUUGAUCAUUUCGGGAGGAAAAAGUUGGCCAUCUCAAGCUUAGCUGGUGUAAUUGCAUCACUUUUCAUUCUUGCUGGAGCAUUUUUUGGCAAGUCAUCUGGUUCUUCAGAUGAACUCUAUGGGUGGAUUGCAGUUUUGGGGUUAGCCCUGUAUAUUGCUUGCUUCUCACCAGGAAUGGGACCUGUUCCAUGGACUGUGAACUCAGAGAUAUAUCCCGAACAAUAUCGAGGAAUAUGCGGGGGCAUGUCAGCUACUGUUAACUGGAUCUCCAAUCUGAUAGUAGCCCAAACUUUCCUUUCAAUUGCCGAAGCAGUAGGAACAGGUUCGACUUUCUUGAUGCUUGCUGGCAUAGCAGUGCUCGCAGUUGUGUUUGUGAUUAUGUAUGUCCCAGAGACCAUGGGGCUGGCAUUUGUUGAAGUUGAGCAGAUUUGGAAGGAGAGGGCAUGGGGCAGUAGUUACAACACAGAAAGCCUUCUUGAGCAAGGAAACGACAAAUGAGUCUCAGUAGGUGCCGUGCGCACUUGCUGAGCUUGAUAAUAUCAGCGCCAAAUUGUAGGUUUAUAAAACAAUCUGUAUGUACUGGAGCUAUAACUAAAUCUGCUAUGCCUGUAAAAUCUUGUGCAUGAAGAUGCUUUGAAUCCAACCCCACUGCAUGAGCAGAAGCCCCCCACUUUCAUGUAAAAUUAAUUCAUGUA